AUGGCUGCAUGCUGUGGAUUGCCACGACAACAACAACAACAACAACAACAACAACAACAACAACAACAACAACAACAACAACCGGUACCUGUGCUACCAUGGAUGACAUCGUAUCCGCUACAACCAACACCUGUGAUACAACAAGAAAAGCAAUGCAAUUGCGCUAAUUUACUCGCACAAGUAAAAUCAUGUGAUUGUGCAAACAUUCAGCGAAAUCAAUGUGGUUGCAUACCAGCAUCACGCAGCACAAAUUGCAAUUGUGCUGCACUACAACAGCAGCAUGCAAAUUGUGGUUGUGGACCACUUAAUUAUGAUGUAACAUGUAACUGUCCACAACAAAGGAUUCAUUGUAUGCCUGCAUGCAUGCCUGAUUGUUCACAGCAAUGCCUUGAUCAACAGCUGACCAUCUUUAAUAGCCAACAUCAGCAGCAGCAGCAGCAGCAGCAGCAGCAACAACUACAACAAAUGGAGUGCAUUGCAUUUUGCAUGCCAUUAUGCGAUCUGCAAUGUGUGAAAAUGUUCGAGCUAAGCCAGAUGCAAUCUCAUUUGCAACCUACCAUAUUGCAAUCACAAUUUCAACCAUCAAUUUUUGCCAUGCAACCAGAAUUUCUCUAUAUCUCUCAGGCUCAACAACAACAACAACAACAACAACAACAACCAUCAAUUGUCACAAUGUCUUUGCCGGGUCAAUCUUCUCUGCCUCACUCAUUACAAACAUCCAAUUGUCCAUCUCAAUGUAGCAGCACUUCGAAUUGCUGUCAAAUGUGUCAAAACUUGACACCUUGCGGUCAGCUCAAUAUUCCACAAAGUCAACAUCCGGCUUCAGCAGUACAAACGCAAUGUGUACCAAACUGUAUGCCAUCUUGUGAACCGCAAUGCAUUCAACAAUUUUGCACACCUGCAUGUCAGCCAAUGUGCGAAUCGCAAUGCAUGGAAAAAGUACGGAAUCAAGUAAUACUGCUUGCGCAAAAACAAUCACGGUUAUCUCAAUUCUUACCUCACCAACAACUAUUUGACCUUUCAUCUCAAUCAGUACAAUCAUUACGACCACCACCGCUACCGCAAAGACAUUGUAUACAGCAAUGCAUGCCUCAGUGCUCGCAAGAUUGUGUGCAAAAAUUUUGUGUUGCUGCAUGCAGACCAGCUUGUUUACCAGAAUGUAUAGAGCAACAAAGGAAAAUUUUCCUUGUCACGCAACAACAACAACAACAACAACAACAACAACAGCAACAACAACAACAGCCACAACGACAAUGUGCAAUACAAUGCGAACCAGAAUGUCAACCGACAUGCAUUGCGCAAGCUUGCGUGUUAGCAUGUCAACCAAUGUGCAAUCCUCAAUGCACGCAGCAACAGAAGCCUGUCAUAGUAACAACAGAAGCACCGCAAACAGAAAUAUCACCUGCCAAAAUUUGUUUACCAUCAUGCAUGCCAGAUUGUUCGCCAAAUUGCUUGCGCGAACAGCAGCAAAUGCAACCAAACCAAUUCCAUCCGUAUUGUCCACAAGUAUGCCAACCAGGUUGCAAACAGCAAUGUAUAGAAGAACAGCAAGAAAUGUGCUCCAAAACAUGCUUACCAUCAUGUCAAACAUCGUGCAACAAGAAUGCACGUUGUGUACAGGAAUGUAUCGCAAACUGUGAACUUUCAUGCAUGGACUUUACGCAACAAAUUCCGCAAACAAUAUCUCGAAUUAAACAGCACUCACCGGAACACAAAAUACAAGAAUGCGGUAUGACCUGUAAGGCUAUGGAACCAUUCCGUUGCGUACCGCAAUGUCAACCAACAUGCAUGAAAUCAUGCAUUGAGCAGCAAACAUCCGGUCAAUAUCAACAACCUCAACCAUUAAGGGAUUGCAUGCAGCAGCAAUCUGACGGAUGUUCUUGCAUGAUCGGAUAUAUGCCUUGCUCGCAAAAUAAUUGUUGUCUGAGGCGACGAUAUCAUGUCAUGCAAAAACAAUAA